UAAAUCUACGACGUCAACAAUCACUUCUACGCGUCUAUCGUACUUGUAGAUGGAUUAUGAUGUAAAUUAUUUGUUGUCAAGUGUUUUUAAUAACAAGAAAUAAUUUUAAUAUUGUCUAUAAGUGUAAUUAAAUAAUAAACACUUACUUACGUUAAUGCGUCUUUGAAAAAUAAGUAUUUAUCAAAUAAAUUGUCAUCUUGCAAUUGUUUACGUUCAUACCAAUUUAACUUUAUUUCUAAUAAACAUGGACAAUUCUCGCAAUUCAAAGAAACGAUCCGUGGAGAAGGAUAAUUCCGUUGCAUCAAAACAUUGUAAAACUGCAUCUCCGAAUAAUUCUACUUCAUCGGCAAAAUCAAAAGCUUCUUCAAAAACAACAGCUCGAUUAUCAUCCGAUAAAAAUACACUUCCAUCUACUUCCAGAGCAAACAAUCAAUUACCGGAAAAUUCAUUGAAAAUGGAAGUUGACAUGGAUGAAAACCUUCCGAGAAAUUUUCAAGAUAUGAAAAGCCAGCCUAGACAACCUGGAAAAAAUAAUCAUAAUGAUGAUGAUGAUGAUAGUGAAGAUGAUAGCAAUGAUAAAAGCGAUAAUAGUAGUAGUGAAAGUAGUAGCAGUGGUGAUAGUGAAAGUAGCAGCAGUAAUGAAGAUACUAAUAAUGAUGAUGACGAUUGGGCUAAUAAUAAAUAUAGAUUUUAUGACAGUGAUGAGGAUACUGAAGACGAUGAAGAUGAUGAUGAGGAUGAUGAUGCUGAUAAUAACAUAGAUCUCAAAUCCUCAUCAACUUGUCAACUUCAUUCUACUGCAAAAGAGCAAUUGCUUGGAGCUAUAUCUAUAGCUUUGCGACAUCAUUUAAGCUUUAAGGCGAUUUUAAGUCUUUUAGAAGUGUUGAAGCUUAUUCUCAAUUCUAAUGGUUUGCCAAUCACGAAAAAUGUAUUUUGGAAGACAUUAAAUCAUGGCAAUUCUAGCAUCAUUGAGUAUUAUUAUUGUCGAUUAUGUCAAAGAUAUUAUGGUAAAAGAAUUGGGAACAAAUUUGAAAAAUAUUGUGCUUGUACAAAAUAUAAACCUGAAUCGGCAAUAUCAUUCGCAAAACAUUUUUUGGAAAUCAAUCUAUCUUCACAACUAAAACAGCUGUUUUCAAUACCUAAUAUGUAUGAAUUACUACAAUACAGAUUUAACAGGAUAAAAAAGCAAAAUGACGCUUUAGAAGAUAUUUAUGAUGGAGCUGAAUAUCGUCGAUUAUGUUCAGACGGUAAUUUUUUAAGUAAUCGAAACAAUUUUAGCUUGACUUUCAAUGUCGGGCCACGUAGGUUGUUAAAUUCAUCAGAUAUGAAUGCUUGGCCAAUUUAUGUCGAGAUUAAUGAAUUGCCUCCACAUAUGAGAAGACAAUUUAUGCUAUUAGCAGGAAUUUAUGUUGAUUGUAAACCUCUGAAUAUUAAUCAUUUUUUAAUUCCAUUUAUGACUGAGAUGAAAAAAUUAUAUGACCAUGGAAUUGUUUGGAAAUCAUCUCAAGGGGUAGAAAUAACAUCAAAGUUCAUUGCUGUCAUUUGUACCAUAGAUUCUGAUACACGUGCAAGUAUUUUACAGAUGAAUCAAUAUGAUAAAGAUAAUGGAUGUAUCAAUUGUUAUGAUAAAGGUCACAAAUUGUCGGCAGAAAAGUAUGUUUAUCCUAUAUCUCAAAGUUGUGGUCGUUUAAGAACUCAUAAUGAAGUCGUUAAUGAUAUGUUGCAAGCUUAUAACAUAAAAACAACAGUCAAUGGUAUUCAAAAAAUAUCAUCCCUGACUGCAUUACCUUUAUUCGACAUAUGUAAAAAUGUAGUAGUUGAUUCGAUGGAUACAGUCUUUCUAGGUGUUGUAAAACAGCAUUUUAAAAUGCUGAUGAAAACUCCAAAUGCUCCCUAUUACAUUGGAAAGGCCAGUUAUCGUUCAUUGAUAGAUAAAACACUUUUGAAUAUUAAACUACCGAGUUGUUGCUCCAGAAACCCUAGAAGUAUAUCAAAAUGGCAUCUAUGGAAACCUUGUGAAUGGAAGAAUUGGUUGGGAUAUGCUCCCGCAUGUUUGGAAGGUGUUAUUAAUGUUAAAUACACCAAGCAUUUAUCGUUCUUAUCUGAAGCAAUAGACAUUCUCAAUAAUGAUUGUGUGACACAAGAACGACUAAAUCGUGCUGAUGAUCUAUUAAAAAAAUAUGUUGAACUGUUUGAACAGUAUUUCGGGAUACCAAAUUUGUCAUAUAAUAUUCAUUUAUUGACACAUAUCACAGACAACGUACGGAAUUGGGGUCCAAUUUGGAGUUAUUCUAGAUACCCAUUUGAAUGGUGGAACAACAAAAUAAUAAACGUAGUAAGGAAUCCACAUAAACGUAUUGAUGAGUUUACAACUCACUUUUUGAUGUAUAAAUAUUUUAUAAGUGCUGCUUUUGAAUCUUCUGUAUCAACUAAAACGACUGAUUUUAUCCAAGAUAUUAUGAAAACGUCGACUAUUCAGUAUGAGAUCCAGAAUUUCGUAACAGGAAAAUCAGUGGUAAGAUCACCAUUGAAUAACGAAAAAUUAUUAUUGUCAAAGGAAAAUUAUCAACCAAAACUUAUAUCAUGUUAUGAUGAAAUAAUAAUCAACGGUGUAAAAUUUCAAUCACAAAGCUCAGAUGAUACUAACUUUUGUAAUUCUAUCAUCGCUAGUGGAAUGGGGAAUUAUGGAACAAUUGUUAAUAUAAUCUCCUUUCAACACGAGAAUCGAAAAAUUUUUAAAAUUUUUAUGCAAGAAUUCCGACAUAUUAAAUAUGCAUUUAAUACUCAAUAUAUUUCUCAAGUAAAACCAACAAACAAUAUUGUAUGUGUAAGCAAGAUUCAAAAUAUAACUCCAGCUAUAAAAAUUUCAACUGCUAAGAAUAUAUUUAUUUAUAAAUUACCCAAUUGUUGGGAAAUUGACUAAAGUCAAAGAAACUGAUUAGCACACAUAGUAUUUGAUUAAAUACGAUUUUUAUUUUUAAUGUUUCCUUUAUUAUAAUUACUACGGAUUAAUUACCAUAA